GACCCCAGCAGGGUCCAGAGGUGUCAUGUGCUCAACUUCGUCCUCCCAUAACACAAACUGAGAGACAGGAGAAGCGUCAGGAUCUGGGAAGCCUGCAUAAACCAGCUAGAACACAACCCACUCUGUGGAUUUACAAAAGUGCAAAAGGAGCUGUUGUUUCUGCCUCUUUUUGUCACAUGCACUGGCAGUAGCUGGAGUUGUGACACUCAGUAUCUGAGAGGCUGGUGAAUCCUGGAGCAUGAAGCUCAGUGUGGCGUUGUUUUUUGCAGGGUUCUUUGGAGCUCUGGCUGCUGUGUUCAUCUUGCUGUCAUUUGGAACUGAUUAUUGGCUGCUGGCUGCAGAGAGCUGCCAACCAAACCCUGAGGAAACUGUCAGCCCUGGUGGUGUGACCGUAGAGCGUGGAGAUGUGGUGGUGCAGCAGGAAUCCACCAGUGACGUCACUCUGUACCAUGAAGGAUUUUUCUGGAAGUGUUCGUUUGGUGGGAAUGAGGACGAUGAAGAUCUGCUGUGGAAGCUCUGGUUUACGAAUCAGCCCCACUCUAAAGAGUGUAUGCACGCCUACCUCUUCCCCUUCCCUGUGUCUCAUCAGACCCACAAUGCAACAGAGUAUGAUACUGCUAUAAUUUACAGAGGCUUCUGGAGCAUCUUCAUGCUGAUUGGUGUGGCAGCCGUUGUUCUUGCUGGGUUCUUUAUCAUCUGUGCUGCUCCGUUUGCCAGCCACCGUCUGUAUAAAGCAGGAGGAGGCCUCUUCCUGGUUUCAGGUCUGUUCCUGCUGUGCGUGGUGGUGAUGUACGUUCUGUGGUUGGAGGUUCUGGAUGUGCUGGAUCUCUACGUGGACCACCAGCGCUCUGCACUGUGUCCAAACUUCCAGCUGUCCCACCACUACGGCCUGUCCUUCAUGUUCGCUCCUGUGGGCAUCUUCUUCUGCUUCCUGGCUGGCCUUCUGUUCCUCCUCAUCGGCAGAACUGUCCAGGUUCAAUACCACUGAGAUAAAAGGAGGAGAGGGGGGUUUGGAUGAAGCUGUUUUUUGUAUUUAACUCUGUGAUCGUAAUUUUUUCCCCAAUUUUGUCUACCAUGAUGAAGGGGGACUAUGCAGAUUUCAAAAUGUUGCUUUGACUGACUACUUUGAACACUUUGUUGCAAAAUUAAACCUGUUUAAAUGCAUCUAUAGGUAGUAAACUACACUGCAAACCUGAAUUAUAAAUACCAGCUAUUGGUGCAUAUCACUGAAGUUUGGAUCUUGGGUGUUGAUGCUUGUGUGGGCAAUGAGUGUGUAUUAAAAAUCCUCUGCACCAGUUAUUAAAUAUAAAAGGGGAAAAAAAAUGUUGAUUUAAGCGCUUUGCCUGCUGAAAAAUAUGCUGAAAGGCUUUUAAGGAUGCAUGAUUAUUUUUAUAUUCUGUAUAUACAGUGAUAAGAGUCAGUGUUUUGGGCAAUGGCACCUAAGCUGAUGAUUCUGCUGUUAAUUUAAAGGCUUUAACUGUUGAUACCCUGUACUUGUUUUUAGUCCAUAAACUCAAUAAAAAGGCAAAA